GUCGCCUCGAAGUUUACUUAUGGAUCUGGAGACAGAGGCGCAUGGUGUAGCCAAGGAUGGCUCAAACACCCAGGGUGUGUACAUCUACCGACCUGCAACUUCCGCAAAAGCUCCCGGAGAGCGACCUUCGAAGCGACGAAAGGUGCAACCCCAGACUAAGGAGCAGAAGAGCGAGUCGCACCCUUUUGUCCCCCUUCUAAACGGCGAAGAAGAUGAGAAAUCAGUCGAAUUGAGGUACAAUGCCUACCGACGAUUAUGGUCAGAUCAGGAAACCAAGAUUCAGGAGAUUCUAAGUGAUGUUGAUUCCGAAGUCCUCGAGAAUGUUUCGUCCUUCGUCAGGUCGACUUCGCCUCAGACAUACGAUGGCUGCAUCCCCACGGCAUUAAUCACGGUUGGAUCCAAUGUUUCAUCUCUUGGAAGACUGCUAUCCAAGCUUAAUGACCAGUUGACCAUAGCAGAAGAAGGCGGAGUGGUCACACUAGAAUCUGGCGAUGCUCCCAAUCUCAAGACAACGCUGAAGAAUAUUAUCCGAGCUGCUGUCGCAAACACGGAAGGAAAUGAUGGGUAUCAAAACUUCUUGACAGACCGAGAGGGGCCCAGACUUCUUGGGUACGAUCUCGACUUGCUUGGUGACUAUGUGAAAAGGAAAGGAAUCAAAAGGCUAGUUCUGGCUUUCCGUGACAGCGAGGCUUUUGAUCCAAACAUUUUAACAGAUCUUUUGUCUCUCUUAAGCUCCUGGCUUGACCGGAUUCCCUUUACCCUAUUGUUUGGAAUCUCAACAUCCGUUGAACUCUUUGAAGGAAGGCUUCCUCGGUCAAGUGUUGCCCUUCUCAGAGGAAGAUACUUUGAGAUUCAUGGAGCAAGUAACUGUGUGGAUCGUAUAUAUGAGCGGUUACAAGGAGACCGAAACGGACGAUUUUGGCUGGGGCGCAAUAUUACAGGAGUUUUAUUUGAAAAGUCGAACGACUACUUUCAAACACCAGAGGCCUUCAGCCGAACAGUCAAGUAUGCGUACAUGACACACUUCUUUGCAAAUCCUCUAGCAAUGCUCCUCUCUGACGAUGUUUCUGUCAAUAUGCAAAAUGGAAAACUUUGCGAAGCAAUCAGAAACCUCCCGUCUUUUCGAAGAUUUUGCGAACAUUUGCUUGAUGACGAGUCUUCUGAAAAAGUGCGCAAACUUCUGGAAAGUGACGACUUUCUGUUCCAGCAAAGCUUGGAGUACUUGAAAACUGGACAGCAACGGAUGAGAGAUAUCUUCGAAGCUGUCAAGGCAAUCCACCUAGGUCUAAAUAACUUGAAAAUCAGUAGGAAAUCAACAAUGCUGGAUCUGUCAAUUCGUGCACUAUCGGGAGAUUUGCAAGAUUCAACUUACAUGGAUGACCUUCUCAGGGGCCUGAAAUCGCUAGAUUCUUAUAACCUGAAGGAUUUUCUUGCGGUUAUGCCACAGGCUUUGACUGACCGUCUGGAAGAUCAAGAAAUCCAGAAAGAUUUUGAGACUCUUGUGCAGACAUACCAUGGCACGGUGCCGCUCCGGAGUGAGUAUGACAGCCAUAAUUCCAUAUUGGCCACUGCAACCGUUGUCCAACAGCGAGUGAAACUCAGUAAGAGCAGAGCCAAAUUGUCCCAGCAUAAUAUUGAGUAUACCAAAAUUAUCGAUCGCAUCCAUGCUCUGUCAGAACGGUUCUUCACGGAAACAUUGGUGAAACCGCAAGACCUGUUCUUACACGAAGCUUUUCUUCUUGACAUGAAAAACCCUUUGAAGGAGAUAUUCUCGCCGCGGCCACGUUUCGCAAUUGAACGUGCCUUGGCCAAUCCUUUUGAUUACCUGAUAUCAACGUCCGAGAAUUCUGAGGCUAAGAUUUCCGCACAGCAGCCAGCCACGGCUAUUUUGUAUCAGCUGUAUCUCGAGUCUGGGGCACUGGUGAAUGUUCAUGACCUUUGGCAGGCUUUCUAUGCGGUGUUUGAGAGUGAACAAGGUGACGCUUGCGAUGAACGUAUGGCGAUGACACUCUUCUACAGAGCGGUGUCGGAACUCAAGGCACUGGGUAUGUUUAAAAGCAGCCGGAAGAAGGUGGACCACGCUGCCAAAACAGCAUGGAUUGGACUAUAAAUAUCAUCAAUUAUACAUUAAGAAGCGUUAACGAAA